AUGGAUCUCUACUAUCAUAUAAUUCCACCACCAAGCAGAGCUGUGUUGGUUUUAGCAAAAAAGUUAAAAAUCAGGUUCAAUCUAAUUUCUACCGACACCCGCGAUGCGGCCCAAAUGGACGUCCUAGCUGAAGUCAACUCGCUGCAAUCGAUGCCAACGCUAGUGGACGACGGCAUCAUAGUAGGCGAGUCGCACAACAUCCUCAUGUACUUGGCGGAGAAGUUCGACACCGAAGAAACGUUAUGCCCUUCGGAUCCAUCGCAGCGGGCCCGAGUCCUCGAGUGUAUGUUCUUCGAUACCAACAUGUACAAGUGCUUUGUCGCCUAUUCGAUGCCGGUGGUGAUUAAACGGCUCGAACCGAACGACGAACUGUUGGAGAAGCUACUGGUCUGCAUCCGGGCCUUCGAUCGCUACAUGCAGGAUCGCAGCUACGUCGCCUGUGAGCACUUCACUGUGGCCGAUUUGGCACUGUCUCAGACGAUUGCCGCUCUGGAGGUGAUCAAAAUCCAGGUUGCGGAUUACGCCAACGUGAACCGCUGGUACGAGAAGAUACGCGACGAGUUGCCGGGCGCCGAGGAGUUGCAGGCUCGGUGUGAGGACGCGUUGCGUGCCUUUUUGGUGCGGAAAUACGGGGAUCUGGAUUAAUGAGAAUAGCCCAGCGGAGCUGCGUAUACAC